AUGGAGGAACUGGCCCGGGAGAGCAUCUGUCUGCUGGCCCGUUCUGCGUCUCACGCUGACCCGCCGCGGCUCGGCUCGUUCGGUGCGGUGUUCAUCAUGCUGAAGUCUGCGCUGGGAGCCGGACUGCUCAACUUCCCCUGGGCUUUCCAGAAGGCGGGGGGAGUGACUACUGCCCUCAGUGUGGAGCUGGUUUCACUGGUCUUCCUCAUCAGUGGUCUGAUCAUCCUCGGCUAUGCCUCAUCAGUCAGCAGACAGAACACGUAUCAGGACGUGGUGAGGGAGGUGUGUGGAGGAGCUGUGGGUCAACUCUGUGAAAUCUGUUUCUGCUUCAACCUCUUCAUGAUAUGUGUCGCCUUCCUGGUGGUGGUUCAGGACCAGCUGGAGAAAUUGUCUCUUUCUUUAUAUGAGACGGUGACUGGGUCCAGUGAGGGCGAGAUGCCGUAUCACUGGUACACCGAUCAACGAUUUGCCCUCUUCAUCAUGUGUGUCCUCAUCAUCCUACCCCUGUCCAUCCCAAAGGAAAUCGGCAUCCAGAAAUACACAAGUGUGUUGGGGACGCUGGCGGCAACAUAUCUGUGUGUGGCAGUGAUUGUCAAAUAUUACCUGAUGGAGAGCCACACUGCUAUAAUAACUCCAGAGCACAGCCAAGGUGUGAGUUCGUGGGCUUCAAUGUUCAGUGUCGUGCCGACCAUCUGCUUCGGCUUCCAGUGCCAUGAAGCCUGCAUUGCCAUCUACAGCAGCAUGGAGAACCAGAAGCUCUUCCACUGGGUGGUCAUCUCUGUGGUCUCCAUGUUUUUCUGUUUACUCAUCUACACUCUCACCGGUGUGUACGGCUUCAUGACGUUUGGCCGAGCGGUUGCCUCCGAUAUUUUGAUGUCAUAUCCAGGAAAUGACGUGGUCAUGAUCAUUUCCAGGCUACUUUUUGGAAUAUCAAUCAUCACCAUCUAUCCUAUUAUUCUUCUUCUGGGAAGAUCUGUCAUCCUGAACCUGAUGGUGCGGGUUCAAAGACGUCGUUGGGGAAUCGUCACUCAUUCGUUUGAGACUCGCUGCAGAGUUGUUCUCACUGUGAUCUGGAUCACCGUCACUCUUCUCAUCGCCAUGUUCGUCCCCGACAUGGGGGAGGUCAUCAGUGUCAUCGGAGGAAUCAGCGCCUUCUUCAUCUUUAUUUUUCCUGGUCUUUGCUUAGUGUUCACAAUGCAAACUGAAUCUGUGUCUCCAAGAGUCAGGGUGAUUUUAACAGUUUGGGGAGUCAUAACCAUCGUAGUUGGAGCCUUCAUCUUUGGACAGAGCACAACCAUCGCUGUCAUGGAGCUUUGCCAAAAAUUCUGAUUUUUACACCAUUAUGACCAAUAAUACAGUAUCACAGCGACUAUCACUCUAACACAGCGGUGUCAAACUCGUUUUAUUUCAGAGGCCACAUACAGCACAAUUUGAUCUCAAGUGGGCCGGACCAGUAACAUCACAGCAUAAUAACAUAUAAAU